AGAUUAAAUCAGGUGAUAAAUAGAAAACUACAUCAUAGAUACAUAUUUAAAACCCAUUCGUAAUCGAACGGCUUAGGUUACUACGUAUCCCAAUUAAGUCACAAUACUGUGUUGAAACUAAAUAUUAAACAUAAAUACUGUUAACGCUCAGAUAUCAACGAAACGGUGUGAGUGGCGACGCAUCAUGAGUAGUACUCUCGCCUUGGAGUGGGCCUGUAAGAUCUGCAACAUCAUCUUCUACGUCUCGAGUUGGAGCACCAUCGCACAGAUUGAAGAGGAUCGGGAUGUGGGCAAGAAUCCAAUCCUGCCGUUCAUCUCACUUGCUGUCAACAAUGCAUCCUGGGCUGUGUAUGGCCAUCUCAUCGAUGACAGCAACAUUCUAUUCGUCAGUCUAGUGGGCGUGGAGUUUGGGAUCUACUACAGCUACGUGCACUUAGUCAACUCUCCUGCUGUGAUGCAAAAGAAAAGUCGAUUCACGAUAUCUGUGGCGUGUCUGUUCUUCGCCCUGUUGGUGUUCACAAUCACACAUCAUUAUCCGCCGGAAUUGCAAGCGCGACAGAUAGGAAUCAUCUGCUGCGCGUUGACUGUUGUGCAGUUUGGCUCUCCCCUCGUCACACUGAAAGAAGUGAUUUUAUCAAAGACGACACAAUCACUUGAUUUCCAACGCACGGUGGCAUCGACUCUUACGACAGGGAUGUGGUUCCUAUAUGGCUACACGAAGGCCGAUGCGUUUGUCAUGCUUCCCAACGGCUUCGGAGCGACCCUCAGCUUGGCGCAGCUCGCGCUGUUCUGCAUAUAUCCGAGCAGAUCCCAUCACCCACUAUCCGACGCCUAGCCACGGCAGUAAUGCACUUAGUAAGUGUGCAAAUACUAAAUGUAAGUGAUUGCUUUGCUUCGGCAGCAAAUUAAAAUAAAUCCGUGAUAUGAUUGAUCAUUCCAGCGUCAAACUGUUUUAGUGCAAAAUAAUAUGGUGGAAGAUAGGAUUGAUUCUUCCCGUGUCGAAGUGUAUUCUAAAGGUUUCUGAACAUUCUUGCCAAUGCAUGAUUUAAUGGUGGA